AAAUGGUUUUUUUUUUAUCUAAAGAUAUUAUUGGAUGACGAGGUAUCACAAAUAAUCUAUUAUUAUGAUCCUCAGGGCUUUAAGGUUCUCGAUAAGAUUUCUUCUGGAGCAUCCGCCUUAGUUUAUAAUGUAUGUUGGAAAAAUACAUCAAAGUUCGCAAUUAAAAAAUUUGUCGGAAAUUCUAAUAAAGAAGCCAUUAUUAAUGAGAUUCAUUUAACGGGAUUGGUUAAUCUUCAUCCAAAUAUUAUUCAAUUUUAUGGAGUUACGAAAUUAAAUGAUGAAAUAAAUUAUUCGCUUGUACUUGAAUAUGCAGAAGGUGGGACAUUAAGAAAAUAUUUAAGAGAUAAUACUAUAAUUUUUAAAUGGGAGAGCCAAUUAAAGUUUGCUAAAGAAAUUUCAAGUGGUAUUUCAUGGUUACAUGUUGAUAAGGGAAUUAUACACGGAAACCUUCAUCCCGAAAAUAUCUUAAUACAAAAAGAUACAAUAAAAUUAGCAGAUUUCGGACGUUCAUGUCUAAAUGGAUCAGUUAGUAAUACUGAAGUACGAGGUGUAAUACCUUAUAUGGAUCCUAAAUUUUUUGAACCUCAAAAUCGUUCGUAUGGCUUAACUGAAAAAUCCGAUAUAUAUAGUUUAGGAGUAAUAUUCUGGGAAUUAACAAGUCGUAAAUCACCUUUCGAUUUUGAAACAAAAAGUAAUGAUCUUUUUGAAAUUUUUAAAAUUAAGUGUGAUAUUUUUAACAAUAAAAGAGAAAAACCUAUUUCAGGCACAAAUUAUAAAUUUGUUACGCUUUAUAGAAGUAAGUAUCACAUUUCUCAAUUGUUUUUAAUAAAAAACUUGUUUUAUUUGCUUUAA